GCUCCGGUCUCCACUGUGUUAUUGACAUCAGGAGGCCAGUGAUGUCAUAGUGAUGUCAAUAGCUUUAAUUGUAAUUGCACGCAUAGCUAGUGGUUGGGCAGCACUGCAUGUUGAAGGCAGAGGCAGGAACAGUCUCUCAGCUCCACUACACAUGGCUGUGAUUGGAGAGGAGACAGAGUCAGGUACUACUGGAGACAUGUCAGCAUAUCAGAUCCGUUCACCCACCUCCAGCCUACCACAGGGUGUGGCCAUGGCCGGGUCACCAGGCUCCUUGCACUGCCCACAGCAGCUGGCCGAGGAGGCCUCGCAUAAGAGGGAGCUCCGCCUGAUGAAAAACAGGGAAGCUGCCCGGGAAUGCCGCCGGAAGAAGAAAGAGUAUGUCAAAUGUCUUGAGAAUCGAGUUGCUGUGCUCGAAAAUCAAAACAAGACGCUCAUCGAAGAACUCAAGGCCCUAAAAGACUUGUAUUCUCACAAGAUUGAAUAGCGUUAAGGCCAUUUGAGGCCAGACUAAAAAGACUGUGCUGUUCGCAGGUUUCUGCAAACAUCUGGGCAAAAGCGCUUUCACUCAGUGUCUAGCCACUGCUCACAACAGCUGAAAAAAGGCCACAGUUGCAUCACCCAUAUAGUUCUAUGUGUUGAAGACGAAUGUGUCUGCAUGCAUCUGUUGGUGAUGUUAGAGAGCUGAUUUCUUGCUUUGCUCUGAAGCCAGUGAAUGUGGUAUGUUGCCUUUGUCACUUGUGCUCUUUGCAGGGAGGCAGCUAAAGAGUGUCGUCGCAGGAAGAGAGAAUAUGUACGCUGCCUAGAGACCCGUGUCACCAUGCUGGAGUUGCAGAACAAGAAGCUCAUCAGUGAGUUACAGAACAUGAAGGAAAUGUAUGCUGGAAAGUCAAGUUAGGGCUGGCGCAGUGGUACUCCACAUCUCAGCACUUUCUGCCUUGUAGCUUUGCCUCCACCACUUUACUUUUGUCCGAAUGUUCUGCUGCAGGUUGUUUUAUGGCUUUAUUUGUAGAAAAACAGAUUUUGUCCUGGAUAAGAAUGCUAUGCUAAUCUAAGCUUUUUGAAGAAAUUUUAUAUUGAUUGUUUACAAAUUAUUAAUGUUCUCUUUUGAAAUUCUUUCAAUAUUUAAAAACAAAAAGAUUAUUUUUAAAGACGUUUCUAUGUAAUUUGAGACAACUUGCAUCUAGUUGUAUUUGAAGUGAACGUUGUCAUAUUGUAUAAAGAAUGUAUGUGAAUGUGUUUGUGUAGUGAACUUAAACUAUGAAUAAAAUAAAUAUAUUUUUGACACUCAA